UUUUUUUUGUGUAUGGCCUGUGAGAGCUUUUAAUGCCAUUUUCCAACAAUGGAAUCUUUCUGCUUCUGAUGAAUGGAACAUAAGUGGAGAGCCAUGUAGUGGAAUCGCCGUUGAUUCAUCAAAUAUCAGCAACCCUGGGAUCAAAUGUAAUUGCUCAUCCAACGGUGGAUCCACCUGCCACAUAACCCAAAUCAAACUGCAAGGGUUGCAGCUGAGAGGGGUAAUUCCGGAAGAGCUCCGAAGCCUGACUUUCCUCACGGAUCUGGAUUUGUCACAAAAUUUCAUAACGGGUCCAUUGCCAGGAUUUAUCAGCAGAUUGACGUCCAUUCGCUCCUUGGUUAUAAGAUCAAAUAACUUCUCCGGUUUGCUUCCGUCUGAGCUGAGGCUUUUGCUAAGUCUGCAACAACUGGAUGUAAGCUCAAAUAACUUCUUUGGUUCAGUCCAGUUGGGUAAUCUGCCAAGUCCACAGAAACUGAACAUAAGCCACAAUAGCUACGCUGCAGAGCUCCCACCUGAGCUGGGGAAUUUGUUUAGUUUGCAACAACUGGAUAUAAGCCACAAUAACUACUCUGGUUGGCUCCCACCUCGGUUGGGGAGUUUGUCAAGCCUGCAGCAAUUGGUUAUAAGCUACAAUUACUUCGCUGAUUAUCUCCCACCUGAGCUAGGGAAAUUGGCAAGUCUGCAACAAUUGGAUAUAAGCCACAAUAACUUUGCUAAUUGGCUCCCACCAGAGUUGGGGAAUUUGUCAAGUCUGCAACAACUGGAUAUAAGCUUCAACAAUUUCAUUGGUUCGCUCCCACCUCAACUGGGGAAUUUAGAAAGUCUGCAACAAUUGAAUAUAAGCUACAAUAACUUCAACAAUUCAUUCCCACUUGAACUGGGGAAGUUGGCGAGUCUGCGACUAUUAUACAUGGAUAGUAGUGGGCUAAGCGGUGGGAUUCCUUCAACAUUUGCUAACUUGACCAACAUGAAGAUCUUGUGGGCAUCUGAUAACCAGUUCACAGGAAAGAUACCUGAUUUCAUUGGGAGUUGGAAUCUUACCAAUUUGAAUAUUCAAGGCAAUGCUUUCGAGGGUCCGAUACCAUCGAGUUUUUCUAAUUUGACCUCACUGACCGAUUUGCGGCUUAGUGAUGUGUCUAAUGGGAGUUCGUCAGUGAAUUUUAUUGAGAAUAUGACAUCUUUAACCAACUUAGUCCUAAGAAACAAUAUGCUUUUUGGUACUAUCCCAUCCACCAUUGGAAAACACCGAUUAUUGAUGCAGAUGGAUUUGAGCUUCAACAAUUUAAGUGGCCAAAUUCCAAACUCUCUCUUCAAUAUGAGUUCGCUCGUUUACUUGUUUCUUGGAAACAACAACUUAUUUGGUGCACUGCCGUCACAAAAAAGCAAUAAACUUCUUAAUGUAGAUUUAUCAUACAAUCAAUUAUCAGGAAGCUUUCCAUCUUGGGUUACAGAAGAAGGCUUAAACUUGAACUUGGUGGCUAAUAAUUUUGUAUUCGAUAGUUCUAACAGCAGUGGUUUGCCUUUAAGCUUAAGUUGUCUUCAGCGAAGCUUUCCAUGCCAUCGGAAUCCUCCAAUCCAUUCUUCAUUUGCGAUCAGGUGUGGUGGGCCCACAAUGACAACUACUGAAACAGAGUAUGAAGCUGACAUUGCAAUUCUGGGCCCAGCAUCCUAUAAUGUGGCCAGCACAGAGAAGUGGGCCGUCAGCAAUGUUGGAAGGUUUAGUGAAGGCAGCAACACCAGCUAUUACAGGUACACUCAAGAAGAAUUUCCGAAUACAAUAGACUCGGGGCUGUUCCAAUACGCCAGGCUAUCACCAGGAUCACUGAGAUAUUAUGGUCUGGGGCUCGAAAACGGGAACUACACUGUAAAUCUGAGAUUCGCAGAGACGGAAUUUUCACAAACUCGGGAAAGCGUUGGAAAACGCAUUUUUGAUAUUUACCUUCAGGGCAAUUUGUACUGGAAAGAUUUCGAUAUAAAAAAGGAAGCAGGUGUUUCCUUCAGAGGCAUUGAGAAGGAACAAUGGGUUAUGGUAUCGGAAAGCGUUCUUGAAAUUCAUCUCCUUUGGGCUGGAAAGGGGACUUGCUGUAUACCUUCCCCGGGAACGUAUGGACCCACCAUAUCGGCCAUCCGUGUUACUCCCAAUUUUAAACCUACUGUUGGGACUUCACGAAAGAAGAAAAAUAUUGCUUUGGCUGUUGGAAUUUCGGUUUCUGCUGGAGUUCUAAGCAUUAUAUUUGUUUUAGUAGUUUUUAUUUGGAAGAGGAGUAAAAGGCUGAGUGUUGAUGAAGAUGAAGAGUUUUUAAGAAUGGGUCCUAGACCAAACACUUUCAGUUAUGCAGAACUGAAGACCGCCACUGAAGACUUCAAUCCUGCAAAUAAGCUGGGUCAGGGUGGAUUUGGCCCCGUUUUUAAGGGCACAUUGCUAGAUGGGCAGAUAGUGGCUGUGAAACAACUCUCAGUAACAUCUCACCAAGGAAAGAGUCAGUUUGUAGCGGAGAUUGCUGCUAUAUCUGCUGUCCAACAACGAAACCUCGUGAAGUUGCAUGGAUACUGCAUCGAGGGAGCACAUCGGCUACUUGUUUAUGAGUAUCUGGAAAACAAGAGCCUUGAUCAAGCUCUCUUUGGAGAGAGUAAAUUGCAUCUGGAUUGGCAUACCCGCUUCAAGAUAUGCUUGGGGACAGCAAGAGGUCUCGCUUACCUUCACGAGGAAUCCAGGCCUCGCAUUGUUCACAGGGAUGUCAAAGCCAGUAAUAUUCUGCUCGACACAUAUCUCAAUCCAAAGAUAUCAGAUUUUGGUUUGGCUAAGCUCUAUGAUGACAAGAUGACCCACAUCAGUACAGGUGUCGCAGGGACAAUUGGCUACCUUGCACCGGAGUAUGCCAUGCGUGGACAUCUGACAGAGAAGGCUGAUGUAUUUGCAUUUGGAGUUGUUGCUCUGGAGAUUGUAAGUGGAAGGCCAAACACAUACCAGGACGUGGAUCCGGAGAAGUUGUAUCUCCUUGAAUGGGCUUGGUAUCUCCAUGAAAACGACCGCGCAUUGGAACUGGUGGAUCCAACACUAUCAGAAUUCAAUGAAGGAGAAGUGUCUCGGAUGAUCGGCAUUGCUCUUCUAUGCAUCCAGGCAUCGCCAUCACUACGCCCAUCCAUGUCACGGGUGGUGAACAUGCUGUUGGGAGACAUUGAAGUGGGCACCGUCUCAUCGAAGCCCGGCUUCUUAACUGGUUUGCCAUCUGAUGAUACAGGCAGUUUCAUGAUUUAUGAUACUUCGACAGUGCCGCUGAAUGCAAGCGGCUCACGCCAGGGUGCCACUGAGGCAAUGCUGCAUGAGGUUAUUGGAAAUGGACAGUGAUGAUUGAAAGUCUGUGCAGAAGAGUGGGCCCUCAAGAUCUGAGGGUCUACACACAAUAUGGUACCUCCACAAAGCCAACAUAUGAUAUUCAGACUUCUUCCCAUUUAUCAUCUAAAUCUUCGUUUAAACUUGAAUUUGUUAAAAAAUAAUUUAAAAAAAAAAAAAAAAGAAUUAAAGGACCACCCACUAGUGAUUGCCAAGGGUUUGGUUGUUGGUAUUUGAGAUAUUGUUUCCAUCUAUUUAGCUUGUUCUUAGUUUGUGGACUACUAUAUACUCAUUAAUGAAGUAGCAUUGAGUGAUUUUGAACAA